AACUACGACAGAGUGAUGUCUCGCGUAUUCAACCGGUCACAUACUAGUCUGAGAUCUAGUUCAAAUGUGACGCGACACGAAAUACCGUCGUCAGUGCGCGUUGGCGCGAAACCAUCUGUUUCGGCCGUGAGUUCUAGUGUUUUUAGUGAACUUCCAACCGUGUUAAAUGACUAUGUACCCGAAGUGCGUGUAGAAAAAGUAGUUAAAAGGCCGCUAGUAAGGCCUAGAAGGACUUUAAAGUCUCUGGACCCUGGUAAAGCUAAGUCUCCGUCGAGGCCGUCUCGAGCGCGCGGAAGUGCCAAUGUUAGUAAUAUUAGAGCUCGUAGCUCCGUGCCUACGGUGUUGAGUAACAAUGGGGAGGAGUGGUCAGAGUCCCACGUUCGAAAAUGCUAUAGUAGCAGGUCUCAUACCAGACUGAAGGAUUUGAAGGAUGAAAUAAAAGCUUUCCGUGAGACGGACAAGCUGUUGAAGAUACGCAGUCACCUUUAUAAGAGCUGCGGUGUGGUGCUGGAUGAUGUUGGGAACGUAGCUCAAGACAAGGCGGUCCAGGCUGACCCGGAACCAGAAAAGGAAAUUACGUCUUUAAGAGCGGAGCGGCGAGAGGAUGCCGGAGCCCCUGUGCCUGACCAACAGAUGAGGCCCGGACCGCGGUACCCCGUCGAUCGAUAUUUGGUUGAGCGCAGCAAGAUUGAAAUGGUAAACAUCAUAGACGACGAUAUAUGGAAGCCGGAGCCGGCCCUCCGGCCCGAAGAGGAAAUCAUACUCAGAAAGUUGCAUGAAAUGCUGCAAUCGACUGCAGACGACCUGAAGCUGCUAUCCGGAGAACUGGCGCAGCGCGAGCCAGGGAUGCGCGACCGUCCGCGGGCACACCCCGUGCCGCUCGACGACGAAUACAACGAAAAGAUCCACAUCGAACAAGUCGUUAAUGCCAAAUUUCACGGGUACAAUAUUAUCGAUAAUCGCCCUAAACCGAAACUAACAGAAAACAUUAACAAAAAUGAUAAAAAUGCUCUAAACAAUAACAUUCUACAAAAUGCGCCUAUAAAUAAGCCUAUAAGAACUAAACAGCUUACUAAAUCACGCACUAGAAUAGUCCAAAUUGAUGCCACAGACAGUACAAAGCAAGAAAAAGGAGAUGUUAUCAAAAAACCUCAUAAAGAAACUGUAACGUACAAUGAAUUUACUUUUCAAUACCCGACGACUAAAGAGAAGAGUUUUGUUAAGGGUCUUCAAGUACAAACCAUGCCUAGCAUUAACAUUAGAGGAGAAUUGAAGGAGCAAAAAGUCUUACAAUUAGAUAUAGAACCAGAACUUGAUAAAAUUGAAAGUAAUUCAGGACCUAAACCUAAUGUUGGUGUAAUUUCUGUGAAUCAUGGUAUUACUUCCAUAAAAGCUCCAGCAAUAAAAAACCCACAAACAUUUGUAUCCUCUCAUUUACCAGCUACAAUACAUAAAAAACCAACAAGAAAAGUCACAAAAAUUGUUACUUGCGAAAGUAGUACUUCAACUAACAAUGGUAGUUCUGGUUCCCAAUUAAAUUUAAACCUCCGCACAGCAAAAACUACUAGAGCUUUUUCUACAACUUCAUUGCGUUCAGAUCGAAAUAAGAAAGGAAGUACAACAACAAAAGCUGAAACACAAAAACGAGCGCAUCUCAAUUUGGAUGAAUGGAAGAAAAAACUAAAUUCCGUCUAUGAACAACCGUCAAGUUCCAAGAAAAAUAAAUUGCCGCCGAAAUCGAAGGGAACCGGCAAGAACAUGUCACCUAAAAAAUCUACUGUACAGCCAUCAAAUCUUUCAAAGCCACAACCAAAAUUAUUGAACAACGCUCAGUACAUUCCGUAUUCACAAUUGACUUUAGGGGGUGUUAAUGUUAGCGUUAUUGAAAGAGAAAUAUCUAAUAUACCGAAUAAAAGUAAUAUACCACUUAGCUCUAUUCUAGACAAAAUAAUAAGUAGUCAAGAAAAUUCUCGCAAUAAUAGCCCAAGGAAAAAUGAUAAAGGAGACAGUUCCAAAAUAUUGACAACCUCAGAUGAAAACUUGCUACAAGAAGUAAUAGAUAUUGAAAAAACUGUCAAUAAAACUUUAUCGAAAAAUACUGAGAUAAGAGUCAAAGACAAUAAGUCUCCAAAGGUAUCUAGUGAUAGUACCAACGAAGACACAAAUGAACCUGAUAGUUACGCAGACGACUUUGAGGACGAGAAAUCAGAGCAAUCAGAUAAAAAUAGUCGUGACAGUCAAUUAAGUUCAGGUAAUAAAUCUUCCGAUAAAGCCAAUACCAGUGGAAUGACUGAUAACGGUGCUGCCGCAGAUGAAAAGGUGGAAGGUCCAAAAAGUAAAACAAGUAUUCAUAAUGCGACGUAUUCGAAAACUCCCAAACUAUCAUUGAAAAAACGCGUAGAUAUUUUCGAGUUUGUACACAAUAUUGACACUGAAGAUACUGCAACACAAAGCCAAACCACUAAAAAGAUAUCUUUGAAAGAGACCCAAACUUCACCUAGAAAUGACAGUCCAAAUAUACCAGUACAACCUAUUCACAACGAUUUGUGGCCUUCUAUGGAUCCCAGCAAGGAAAUCGAGAAAAUGUUUAAAUUGGAAAAGGAACUAAUAAAAAAGCUAAUCAUCGACGAGUACGGCGAUUUACUACAGAGCUCCAUAGAUAAACCUUCCACUUCUAAAGCCAAUCAAGAUUCGUUAACCGCUAGUCUAAACGUAAAUGCGGCGCAGAAGGUGACGCAGACUUCACCAAAACAUGCGAAAAGUGUGAUGACGUCCCCCACACGAACCAAGACGAGAACCACUUCUCCUUUUCUCUUAUCGUUACCCGUCGAUCACCAAACAAGUCCUAUUAUAUCUGUCACAAACGAGAAGAAUGUUAAAGUCGAAUUAGAACAGGACCCCGAAGACCUCGGGAUAUCCAUUAAUCUGUCUUCCCCACGAUUCAGCCUUCGCUUACCAAACACAUCAGUCGAAGUUCUUUCCAAUUUGGAAAUCUGCAGUCGCUCGGCUUGCAGCGCCGAAAGAAAUCGAGAAAGAAGCACUAGGAUAUCUAAAACUGUAAAGCAAAACAUAACAAGCUCAACCUCAAUAGAUGCUGACAACUCUUCCUCGGAAAUUAGUAGUUUAGGAGAAGUAAGGUUGAAGCUUAAAAAGAAACUUAGAAGAAAGGUUUCUUCAUCAGAGUCUAGUAGUUCUUUGUCGUCCAUUUUAAGUGUAGAUAUUAAUUCUCUUGGUAUACUACCUUUGAGAAGUGAAGGAGAGCUUAGUUCAAUUCAUAGAUCUAAAAGUAGAAGCGGUAACUUACCUAGUAAAAGUGAAGGCGAAAUAAGCUUUGGUAAAAGGUGAAUCAUGACUUGUUGUAUCUGAUCUGAUUUUCGUUGCGUCUGUAGCGCGGCCAUAUAACUCAGA